GACCACUGCUGCAGCCUACGAUUCCCCUCCAGUAUCUCGCACGCACGCGUCGGGUAAAGACGUGUGUCGGCCACCACUCAUUCGCCUCCAUUACUCGCCGUCCUUCUGCCGCCGUGAGCCGUGACCACAGAGUGAAAGUGACGACUACGGACACAUCGAUCUAGUCUGCAGCACCUCGAGGGACACAGCACCAGCGAUGUCGGCGACUUUCAACGUUCUGGUCAUCCUUGCGGCGGUGGCGACGCUGUCCUCCGCCCAAUUCGCCUCUCAACUUCGGAAAUGCCGCGUGGACAACAAGGAGAAGCUCAACACUUGCCUCAACCAGACCCUGAGUGACCUUCGCCCUUAUCUCAGCACGGGUAUUCAGGAGCUGUCAUUGCCCCCGCUGGAGCCAAUGCGCAUCAAGACCAUUGAGUUUCGGCAGCAGCAGGGCGCCGUGACUAUGCAAGCGACCUUCAACGACGUGACUGUGACGGGCAUCUCCAACUUCACCGCCACCUUCAUUAACGCCGACCCUGUGCUGCGUGAGCUGACAGUGGCCCUCUACAUCCCGGAGAUGGCAAUCACUGGCUUCUAUAUUCUCGAUGGACAGAUCUUCCUCUUCCCGGCGCGCGGAUCCGGAGAGUUUUGGGCCAACUUCAAGGGUGUGGACGCGACGGGAACCAGCAUGAUGAGCAUCGAGACGCAAGAGGACGGCACUGAGAGGCUUCGAAUCUCCAACACAAACAUCGACUUCACUAUCGAACACCUACGGAUGCAUCUCACCGAUCUUUUCAACGGCGACGAGAUCCUUGGUCGCGCCGCUAAUCUCUUCAUCAACGAAAACGGACGUGAGAUCCUGCAGGAAGUGAAGCCUCAGGUGGUGGCGCGACUCAACGAAAUGGUGGGGAAGGUGAUGAACGACGCCCUCUCCCAGCUCCCCGUCAGCGCCUUCCUGGUGCAGAAUUAACUCCUUGACGCACAUAAACUCCCAUCCAGCCCCUUGAGGACUAGUGACGAGUAAUUUUGACAUUUUUUUAUUAAUUUCUUACCUUCUCCACGAUACCUCAGCGGACCUCAAGCACCUCAGAGUAGUGGUAUUAGAUUAACCGAUGUGCCUGUUCAGUCCCUCCCGUCUUCUGUUUAAAGAAAACGAGGUUGUUGCCUGUUCUCUUCCAACUGGCAUUCCUCCUUGUUAAUUCUUCUCGGCCGUCUUCCUGUUAAACUGAGAAAGAAAACCAGGUAUUCAUAUCCAUCUCGUUUUCUGCCCUCCUCCUCCUUUCCCUCUCGACACAUAACUUACAGUAUUUUUUAGUAAUGUUUUAUGAGGGGAGUGAAUGUCACAUAAGAACGUAAGAAAUAAGGGAAGUCUUCACGUGACAAUCCAUGUAUGAAAUAUACCUACCUAUUUCCACCUAUCAUCCUCAUUCAUAAAGUUGUCUUAUCUCAUAAAGCUCCCUAAUGACUCAGCACUAACAACUUGAUUACCGAGUCUAUUCCAUUCAUCUGCCACUCCAUUUGAGCACCAAUUCCUUCCUAUCUCUUUUUUAAAGCUAAAUUUUUCAAGCUUGAACCCGUUAUUUCUUGUUCUAUCCUGGUUACUGAUCCUAAGAAUUUUGCUUACGUCCCCCCUUGAUAUAAACCUUAUACCAUUUAAAGACCUCUAUCAGGUCCCCUCUUAACCUCCGUCUCUCUAAAGAAUGUAAAUUUAUCAUCUUCAAUCUCGCUUUGUAAGAAAUACUCCUCUCCUGUAUCAUUUUAGUUAUUCUCCUUUGUACUGAUUCUCCCUUCUUUCGUCUUUCUUUCCUUCCUUCAUUUGUUUUGCUGUAUUUUGUUUUGGUAUUAACUUAUACAUCGAAACAAAAUGGAUCUUUUUUGCUUGUGUUUUCACAACCGUCUAUGUACUACGUAAUUGUGUAUUGUUAUUUGGUAGAAUUUUUAUUGUAACAUCGAGUAUUGUAGUGAAUGAUGUGUGUGUGUGUGUGUGUGUGUGUGUGUGUGUGUGUGUGUAAGAGAGAGAGAGAGAGAGAGAGAGAGAGAGAGAGAGAGAGAGAGAGAGAGAGAGAGAGAGAGAGAGAGAGAGAGUUGUUUCUUCGUUUUAAAUCAGUGGUUCGCAAUCCUUUUUUUUUUCCUGUUGCGCGCUCCUUGAGGCUCUCAGGAACAACAAAGAGCAAGGCAUAUUAACUUUUUUUGACUUAAUCUUAUCUUGUGUAUUUGGUCUUAAAUGGAAAACUGCCCUGAAAACUAGACAAAUCAGUCCAACUUGUAUUAUACCACAAGAUUUUGCAUUACUACCUAAAAACCCAGCGUUACUUUAGCCCUUUGACUGGUAAGACUCCUGAAGCUCAAUAACGUUGCAGUGAGGGAGGUUUUAAGACUUCUUUAAUUUUGGAUAAUCCUUUUGGCUCUGCUCUUGGGGACUGACAUUUUCCGCAGAUCCUUUUUUUUUCUGUUCUUUGGCCCAGACCCCACUCUUACAUAAAAAGUUGAAUUCUGAAAGACAAUAGUGACUGAAAAACGAAGUAAUAUAGUAUUUUAGACCUUUUUGCUCUGUACUUUUAUUUUCGUUCCGUAAAAAGCAUUUAGAUUCAUUCGGAUUAUAUAAUAAGCGUCAUGGCAUAAGUCUUCAUGACAUGCUAUAAACUUCAUGUCAUAAAUCUUUCACUUCUUUUACUGGUAACUCUAGAACUCCAUGCCUACUUCUGUAAUUGCUUGACGUGAACUGUUUCAAGAUGGAAGUUCAAAGACACCUCUCAAGCUCUGGAUAAGAACAUAAGAACAUAAGAACAUGAGAAGAUAAGGGAAGCUGCAAGAAGCCAUCUAUCAGGCCUACACUUGGCAGUCCCUGGAUAACUCUUUUGACUACACUCUUCGGAAACUGGCACCUUGAGAGGGCCUUUUUCAGUCUUUUUGUUGUCCUAGGCCAGUCCCAUCUUACAUAAAAAAGAGAACAAUUAUAAGGAUAAGAAGGAGAAGAGAGAGAGACAGAGAGAAAAAAUGCUUUCGUAGGGCUAAGAAUGAUUGCUGACUCCAAAGAUUAUUCUCGUAUGUGCCUCGCGCGUCUAAGGUUGAAAAUCACUGUUUUAAGAAGCCUGAGUAAUUUUAAUAAUGUGCGAGUUUUACUGUUAUUGUACAAAUGUAUGACCUAAGUCGGUACGCCUCUGGAAGUGCCUGCCCCUCAUCGGGUGCUCUUCUGCAGGUGUUUGCCGCCACAUUAUUGUAAUAGUCCUUUGGCACCACGAGGGAUUACUUCGCAGACACUCCUAGCGAAGUUGUCAUUUCACUGGUACAAGUAGACUAGUAAAAGAUGAAAAAAAAAAAAAAAAAAAAAAAGCAUUUUUAAUUUCCUGAUUUCCCUAUUAUUAUUAUUAUUAUUAUUAUUAUUAUUAUUAUUAUUAUUAUUAUUAUUAUUAUUAUUAUUAUCUUUUCAGCAGUAAGAUCGGUAGUCUUAAACACUUCAUUCUUUCAUCAAGACCAUUUUCCAAGGCUACAUUUAUAUGAUUAAUCGGUGUUUCAUGAGUGUUUUCUUAGCAUGAUUACCUGGUCUGAUUGAUUAAGUUUAAUACAGGUUUCAGUAAGCCCCACCGUGAAUGUAGAGGGCAUUUAACAAACUGUCCUUGUAUUACUAUUAAGAUAGACUAGAGUCACUAGAACCAUGUAAUGUUAUACAAGAUUCCCCACCACCUCAACCUCCCCCACUUUUUUUUUUCCUUUUUUGAAUUUUAUAAGGUAAAUAAAUAUAACUAUUUUUUGUUUUACUUUAUUAUGAAUUAUAAAGUCAAAUACUUAUUGUCUUAAGUACGUAGCACUUGCAUUAAAACAGUAUAUAUUAAUACAGUAAUAGUAAAACAACAAUAAUAGCAAUAAUAAUAAUAAUAAUUAUGAUAAUGAUAAUAAUAAUAAUAAUAAUAAUAAUAAUAAUAAUAAUAACAAUAAUAAUAAUAACAAUAAUAAUAAUAAUGGUAACAGUGAUAAUAAUGAUAAUAUAUUAUAAUAGCAAAAAUAAUAAUAAUAACAAAACAAUGAAAUAUGAUAAUAAUAAUAAUAAUAAUAGUAAAUAAAAAAAAAAUAAAUAAACAAAAACACUUCACCUUACUGAGCUCAUGCAAGAUGUGCAGUGUUACUGACAAUGCAUUUCCUAAUGUAGGAGAAGCACAAAUACAAUUACAGAACAUUCCAUGUUCUAAGACAAAUCUAUAUGACCUAAUGGAAGCCAAUGUCAUUCCUCACAUCUUGGGUGCACAAGUUCCUUACAUGAUUUCCCAUGCCAAGGGUAAAUCAUGCAUUACUUCUCUUUUAUACCUUCAAGACAGUCUUUCCUUGAAAUACGAUAGAAACUAAAUUUUCUAAGCAAAACUGAUAUACCAAGCAGUAAGAAGUAGUAUUUUUCCAAAUGUUAUAAAAGUUAAAAAUAAAAGGAAUCACACACUCAUAAAUUUGAGAGCACAGAGGUAAACAAUCAUUAAUGAGCCAAAGAUACAGAAUCACUACACACUCAGUAGCUUUCUUGAUUGAUGCUUCACCUAUAUUUGUACAGUAUCUGGUUGAUUAUCUCACAAAAAGAGCUGCUGAAAAAGCAUAUUGGGCCAACUGUGACCAAAACUAGGCCAGAUAACAGGAAUUUAUACCAGGAUUGGGCCAGCAACAAGUGGGGCUCAAUGUCUGCUUUGUGUGAGACAAGUUAAUGCCCCAGAACCAAGGCAGCAGUGUUCAUGCCAACCGCCACUUCCCACAUCUGCCCACACCCAAGCUCACAUGGGCAGUAUGUUUUCAUGAUUCAUUAAGCUAAUCCCUCAGUAAAAGAGCUUGGGAGACCUGGUGCUCAUCAGUGGAACAUCUAGUAAAAAUCACAUACAUUACUCAUUGUAUAAAAUUUACAUCAUAAACUGUCCCAAUAAAAAGCUCCCUGUGUUA